AUGGGACUACUCGACAAUAUUCGACAUUAUCCCACAUCUGUUUUCUACAUUCUGGGAAAUGAGCUAUGCGAGCGUUUCUCGUUUUACGGGAUGAAAGCGCUGCUCGUCACGUAUUUGGUCAUCGAACACGCUUUCCCUGAACACCAAGCCACUGGUUUCUAUCAUUUCUUCACAUGUAUCGCCUAUUUAACGCCACUUAUUGGCUCAACACUUGCUGAUUCGUAUUUCGGAAGAUUCAAUGUCAUCUUUUACGUGUCAAUUGUUUACGUGCUUGGCCAUGUGUUGCUCUCGUUCGGUGCGAUUCCUUUACUAUCACAAGGUAUCCGUCUCUUUUUCGACAUGGGCGGUUUGUUGGUGAUUGCUUUGGCGACAGGAGGGAUUAAACCUUGUGUGAGCGCUUUUGCCGCUGAUCAGUUCGAAGAGCAUCAACGCGAUCUGCGGGCACAAUUUUUUUCCUUUUUUUAUUUCGCGAUUAACGCUGGAUCGUUGAUGGCCUUUUUGGUGACGCCUCGAUUGAGAUACGAUGUAAAAUGCUUUGGACAAGAUCAAUGCUUUCCGCUAGCAUUCGGUGUUCCUGGUGUCCUAAUGCUUCUUGCAUUAAUCCUUUUCGUAAUGGGCUGGAAAAAGUACAAAAGAUGUCCGCCAAGUCAUGAGAAUAUGGCCGGAAUGGUGGCUCGUUGCAUCGGAACAGCAGCGAUUCGAAAAAAUGCAAGGAAAAGCGAGAAACGUGUGCACGAGCAUUGGCUUGAUUAUGCGAGCCCGGAUUUCACGAAAUCUGAAAUUGCUUCAGUGAAGAGCUUUGUCGCCGUUGCGCUAAUCUUUGGACCAUUGGUUCUCUUCUGGGCACUCUUCGAUCAAAUGGGAUCCACAUGGGUGCUUCAAGCUCGUCGUUUAGAUGGACAAGUCGGCUUGAUCACGAUUCUUCCUGAACAGAUUUCUCUUCUCAAUCCGCUCAUCGUUCUCAUCGCUGUUCCCCUUUUUGAAGGUGUCAUCUAUCCAGCUGUUAGAAAGGUCGUCAAAGUGACUCCAUUGAGGAAAAUGGCUGUUGGUGGUUUAUUGACUGCUGUGUCGUUUGUUGUCGCUGGUUUAUUGCAGUUUAAAGUAAACGAAUCAAUGGAGCUAUUGCCUGCACCUGAUCACAUCUGGGUUCGUCCAAUCGAUCCACAAAUCACCAUUCAUUUUACUGAUCUCAACAAUCUAACACAAAACGGUGAUCGAUUCGAGUUACCGCGUGGGCUUCACCAGCUACAAAUUGAUGGAAAAGAUUAUACAUUGAAUGGAACGAUGAAGGGUGAUGCGGUAGCGAUUGGGAUGAUCGAUGGAGUGAAUGGACCAACUCUGCAAGCGUUAAACUAUUCAAUCGAGAAAUGCAAUGGCUAUUCUCGUCUCUAUUUGAUGUUGUUGAAUAGCUCGUAUGAUGGAGCGAAUUUCUUUGUCAUCAAUUAUAAUGAUGAAGUGUCGCAAACGGUGAAAAUCGUCUCUGGUUUACACGUCGAUUUAAAACCGAAACUGAUCAGCCGACCCGAAUACACAUUAGCUUAUGGAAAGAAUUGCACUGGGUUGGAUUGCCCGUUCAAAACGCUUUUCUACGCACAGAUGGGCUCCACGCAUGUCAUUUUGGUUGAUGGGAAAAGUGAGCCGAAAGUCGAGAAACUGGUUCGGGGAAAUGAGGUGUCAAUCUUGUGGAUGAUUCCGCAGUGCAUCGUGAUCACGAUUGGAGAGGUUCUGCUCUCCGUCACCGGUUUGGAGUUCGCCUACUCGCAAGCCUCGCCAACGAUGAAGAGUAUGCUACAGGCUCUCUGGCAGUUGACGGUCUUCGCCGGGAAUCUCAUCGAUAUGGCUGUGUCUGGUUCUCAUAUUAUUUCCGAUCCCGCGUGGGAGUUCUUUCUUUACGCCGGAAUGAUGCUCGCCGUCAUGAUUCUUUUCAUUUUCUUAGCGAUUCGAUAUAAAUAUGUCGAAAAUGCGGACUUCGUGAGUGAAAAUGAUGAGAAAAGGGAACAGGACAGUCUCGAGUUCACCCUCUCCAACAAUGAGCCCGGGAAAUCGGCUCAACGG